CCGCACUACCUCCAUGCAACAGAACCCACGUACAAAAUCCAUAAUUAAACGGAGGGAUCAACCUUUUUUUACUUCUUUCUCAUCUCUUUCAUCCUCUUCUUCUUUCAUCUUUCUCCAGUCCCUCCUCCGCUCCUCUCCUCCACCACCACCUCCACCCCACACUCUAAUAUCAAUCAUGCGUCUCUCUGCUGCCGUUGCCCUCGUUGGUCUUGCCGCCACUUCUAUGAUGGCUGGCGUCCACGCCGAGUCCGAUGUCCUCGAGCUUGGUAUCAAGAACUUCUCCGAAAAGGUCAACCCUGAGAAGUUGAUCCUCGUUGAGUUCUUUGCCCCCUGGUGCGGACACUGCAAGGCCCUUGCCCCCGAAUAUGAGAUUGCUGCCACCCAGCUCAAGGAGGUCGGUAUCCCAAUUGCCAAGGUCGAUUGCACUGUCGAGACCGAUCUUUGCCAGGAGCACGGUGUUCAGGGCUACCCCACCUUGAAGGUCUUCAGGGAUGGUGAGGCCGCUGAUUACAAUGGUCCUCGCAAGGCCGAUGGCAUUGUCUCCUUCAUGAAGAAGAAAGCCCUCCCUGCCGUCUCCGAGGUCACCGCCGAUAACCUUGCUACCUUCUCCGAGUCUGACAGAGUCGUCAUUGUCGGUUCCUUCGCCAAGGACUCUGAGAAGCGUGCUAUCUUGGAGAAGAUUGCCAAGGCCUACAGCGAUGACUAUGUCUUUGGUAUCGUCGAGGAGAACCCUGACCUCAAGGGCGAGGGUGUUGUCCUUUACAAGAAGUUCGACGAGGGCAAGAACAUUUUGGAUGGAGACUUCACUGAGGAGUCCCUGCUCGAGUUCGUCAAGUCCAACAGCGUUCCCGUCAUGGACGAGAUCGGACCCGACAACUAUGCCACCUACAUGGAUGCUGGUGUCCCUCUUGCUUAUUACUUCUACUCCACCCCUGAGCAGCGCGCCCAGCACAGCACCGAGAUUGAGGCCCUUGCCAAGGAGUUGAAGGGCAAGCUCAACUUUGUCUACAUCGACGCCUCCAAGUUUGGUGCCCACGCCGCCAACUUGAACUUGAAGGAGUCCUGGCCCGCCUUUGGUGUGCAGAACGUCGUCAACGGCGCCAAGUACCCUUUGGAUGGCGAGAUUUCGAUUGAGAAGAUCAAGUCUUUGGCCGAGGGUGUCUUGGAAGGCACCAUCGAGCCCUCGAUCAAGUCCGAGCCCAUCCCCGAGACCAACGAUGGCCCCGUUAAGGUCGUUGUUGCCAACACGUACAAGGAGAUUGUUGAGAACCAGGACAAGGAUGUUUUGAUCGAGUUCUAUGCUCCCUGGUGCGGCCACUGCAAGAACCUUGCGCCCAUUUACGAGGAGUUGGGAGAGUUGUACAAGGGUUCUGACAUUGUGAUUGCCAAGCUCGACGCAACCGCCAACGACCUCCCCUCAGAUGUUCCCUUCCAGAUCCAAGGUUUCCCCACGAUCAAGUUCCGCAAGGCCGGCAGUACCGAAUAUGUCGACUACAGCGGCAACCGUAGCAAGGAGGACUUUGUCAAGUUCAUUGGCGAGAACGCUGUCAACAAGUUUGAUGUCAAGGUCGAGGAGGAGAAGCCCGUCCAGGCUGAUGACAUUGAGCACGACGAGCUGUAAAUAAGCCCAUCGAGGAAGCACGACGUUUAACAAGCAAGCAUAUCGCGAACAUUGUAUAGUAAUUAUUAUUAAAGCCCUUUUUAUUCUAAGCAUUGUUGACGAGCUGGAUGACGCAAAACAGGGAUGGCAAAUAGUGCCCUGGUCUGCUCAGCACGUUUGAUCUACAAAACCCAGGUCAACAGGGGACUAUCUCAGGACCAGGACCUACAUACGC